CUUUGGUAGGAACAUUGUUUUUUUUAAUAUUUUUUUUUGUUUUGUCUGCACCUCGUGUUAUCAAACCAAAAAACACUUAACUUCUGAUAAAUAUCUAGCUUUUGCCGUGAAAUGGACGAAGUGGAUACGAAAAAAAACUUGAACUUUCAUCAAAUGGAGUUAGAUGACAGGAUUCUGAAGGGAGUUGCUAAGCUUGGGUGGCUCUGCCCUACUUUGAUACAAGAAAAAGCUAUUCCUUUGUUAUUGGAAGGAAAGGAUGUACUGGUUCGUGCCCGUACUGGAUCGGGCAAGACAGCAGCCUUCUCGAUUCCUAUCAUUCAGAGAAUACUUUCUCAUAAGCAGGAAGCAAAAGAACAAGCAACAAGGGUGGUGAUUUUAGCUCCUAGUAAAGAUCUGUGUCAUCAGAUCACGAAAGUCAUCGAAAAUCUUACAAUCAAGUGUGGUCGAAUAAUUCGGUGCGUUGAUUUGUCUGCCAAAGUGGAAAAAGCGGCUGUUAAACACAUGUUAGCGGACCGACCCGAUAUUGUAGUUUCAACUCCUGCAAAACUUGUCAUUCAACUGCAAAACGGCACAUUGAGUGUUAAGGAAAGCCUCCAAACACUCGUAAUCGAUGAGGCAGAUUUGAUGUUUUCUUUUGGAUUUGAGAAUGAUUUGAAGGCCAUUCUGGAUUUUUUACCCAGUGUUCAUCAAUCGAUACUAGCUUCGGCCACUCUGGAGAAGGAAGUACUUGCCUUGAAAAAGAUAAUUCUGCACAAUCCGGUAAUAUUAAAACUUGAAGAACCAGAAAUGGCUUCUGCGUCGCAGUUAUCUCACUAUCAAAUCUUGGCAGAAGAAGUGGAUAAAGCGGCUGUUCUUUAUACUCUGUUCAAACUGCAGCUUGUUAAAGGAAAAAGUAUUAUCUUCGUCAACACGAUCGAUCGCUGUUACAGAUUAAAGCUUUUUUUAGAGCAAUUUAGCAUACGGUCCUGUAUACUGAACUCUCAAUUACCUGCUAAAAUACGAUGUCACACCGUGAGUCAGUUUAAUCAGGGUUUGUAUGACAUCAUUAUUGCCUCUGAUGAAUUACACGUUCUAGAUCCGUCUGUACAUGAAAAAAGAGGCCAAAAAAAGAAAAUCUUGAAGCAAGUAGCAAAGCAGGUCGUAUCGGAAGCAGGAGUUGCCCGUGGAAUUGAUUUCCAGUUUGUAUCAAAUGUGAUAAAUUUUGAUUUUCCAAAAGACAUAAAUUCGUACAUUCACCGAGCGGGUAGAACUGCUCGAGGGAACAACACCGGAAGCGUGCUAUCAUUUGUUGCUGUAAAUGAGAAGGAACUUAUGGAUAGUGUGGAAGAACAUUUGAAAACAGGAUACGAUGAGGAGGGAAGCAUCAUAAAAAAUUAUCAGUUCAAAAUGGAGGAAGUGGAGCCUUUUCGAUAUCGCGCAAGAGAUGCAUGGAGAGCCGUUACCAAAUUUUCGAUUCGUGAAGCUAGGAUCAAGGAGAUCAAAACGGAAAUGUUUAAUUCUGAAAAACUGAAGAGUUUCUUUGAUGAAAAUCCACGUGACCUCCAAGCUUUGAGGCACGACCGAACGUUGCACACGGUUAAGGUUCAAGAACAUCUUGGAGAUGUUCCAGAAUACAUAGUUCCAGAUUCAUUGAAACACGUUGUAGGAAUCACCACAAAAAAAAAGAAGAGUUACACACAGAGGAAGCGCAAUGUUGACGAUAAGGCCAAUAACCCACUUAUGGUUCCAGGAAUUGAUUAUGGGAAGAAGAGACGAGUUUAACAAAUAAAAUUGUUACAUCUUAA